GACCCAGGGGCUCCGCUGGCUGCGGUCGCCUAGGAGCUGCCGCCAGGGCCAGGAGGGGAGCGGCACCUGGAAGAUGCGCCCAUUGGCUGGUGCCCCAGUCCCCAAAAGGCAAAAAUGUGACCACUGGACUCCCUGCCCAUCUGACACCUAUGCCUACAGGUUACUCAGCAGAGGUGGCAGAAACAAGUACGCCAAAAUCUGCUUUGAGGAUAAGCUGCUUAUGGGAGAACAGCUGGGAAAUGUUGCCACAGGAAUAAACAUUGCCAUUGUCAACUAUGUAACUGGGAAUGUGACAGCAACACGACGUUUUGAUAUGUAUGAAGGCGAUAACUCUGGACCGAUGACAAAGUUUAUUCAGAGUGCUCCUCCAAAAUCCCUGCUCUUCAUGGUGACCUAUGACGACGGAAGCACAAGACUGAAUAACGAUGCCAAGAAUGCUAUAGAAGCACUUGGAAGUAAAGAAAUCAGGAACAUGAAAUUCAGGUCUAGCUGGGUAUUUGUGGCAGCAAAAGGCUUGGAACUCCCUUCCGAAAUUCAGAGAGAAAAGAUCAACCACUCUGAUACUAAGAACAACAGAUAUUCUGGCUGGCCUGCAGAGAUCCAGAUAGAAGGCUGCAUACCCAAAGAACCAAGCUGACACUGCAGGGUCCUGAGCAAAUGUGUUCUGUAUAAACAAAUGCAGCUGGAAUCGCUCAAGAAUCUCAUUUUUCUAAACCCAACAGUCCAUAUUUGAUGAGUAUUUUGGGUUUGUUGUAAACCAGUGAACAUUUGCUAGUUGCAUCAAAUCUUGGUACACAGUAUUUUUAUACCAGUAUUUUAUGUAGCGAAGAUGUCAAUUAGCAGGAAACUAAAAUGAAUGGAAAUUCUUAAAGGGAAUGAGGUGAUUCAAGCUGGAAAGAGGGUUGGGAGAAACAGCUUGUCCAGGUGGAGCUAUGUUAUGAUCAGAUCUGAGUAUGACCCCUGUGUGGUCCAGACAGCUCUGCAGAGAGAAAACCUUUAUUCCAUUAUCACCAAGCACCUCCUAGUUUCUGACAGUCAUCUCCUUCUGCUGGGAGAAUUAGCAGCAGUUCCGAGGGCUUACGUUACUUCCUUGUUCAAGCUCUUCCUGUGGGCCCGUGAAUGUAUUCAUUCAUUCCACAACUCUGGGUG